AUGAUGCAAUUCAUUUUAUUAAGUUUGUCCUUUGUUGAAAUAAUAAAAGCAGCCUUCACUCUCUAGACUUGUAACACAAUUUCUAAUGCAACUCUUUGCAAGAUGGCAGGGAAUUGCGAAGUAAGUGUUUAUGGCACUCCAAUCACUUGUUCAACUAUAACAGAUUGUUACAGAGUGAGUGAAGUUUAGACUUGCAUAUAAAAUGCAAUAAUUGGAUGUAUACCUUUGAACAUUGACUAUAAAUAUGAAAAUGUUUGCGUGAAAACAGGAGAAACCAGUGUUCCAAAUGGACUAUUAAGAUUUAGAAGAUAAGCAAACAUAACCAGAUCUUCAGAUAUCACAUUAUCUGAGACUCCUGUUUCAGUAUUGACAACUACAACUACUCCAUAAAAAUACACCUAUUAAUUAUUCACAUUAGAUAUUCUUCUAGCAUCCCCAUCUUAACUGACUGAAAUUUUAGAUGCAUUCAACCAUGGGUUAAAUCAAUUGAUUACAGAUGCAGUCCAACCAAAGUUUUUGGAGAAAGCUGUGAUAGAGACCUUCUAGAACAUUAGAGUAAAAUUAUAUUCAUAAAAUUUAGGAUGACGUGACCUAUACGUUGGCUACUAGAUCUGCUUAACUAUCUAAGGCUUGGGAUUUGGUGAACAUCCUAUUUUAAAGAUAUUAAAACUAUAAAGCAUACUAUGUUCAAAACUACGACUUUAUAAAUUUUGGAUUUUCAGAUUUAAAUAGAUAAAAACUGGUGAUAACUACAAAGACCUACGAAAUCGAACUGACAUGGUCAACUUAUGCUAACAAUGGUUACAUCUACAUGAUGACAUUGGCGCCAGAAUAAUUUGGAAUUAUUAGUAUAAAACAAUUGUCUGAUUUAAUUUGGAUCAAGAUAGUUAAAGAUGAUGGUACAACCCAACUCAUUACAGAUGUUCCUGUAAAUAUUAAAUACACAUGGGUCAAUACGGCAACACAGUAUACAGCUGUCUACACUUAGACAUUCAACAAACUAUUUUCAACAGCUUAUGCACCUGCUACAAAUACAGCAGUUCCUGUAACUUGUGCAUAUGAUAUUACUACGAUCACAACAUGUCCAACUUUUCCUGUUCCAGGCGCUUCAUUAGAUUAAUUAAUGAUAUUCCAUCAUGAUACAAUUUAAGACUGCACAACCAUUUCAUCAUCAAAUUAACCAUACUAUAGACUAGCAAAAUGUGUUUGAAGAAAAUUCAUAUAUACAUUAGAC